UAUCGUCAACAAGCACCGCGUCGCUGCCAGCAUCAGGUAACGCACGGUCAGUCAUGAUCGUCGAUUGCGGUGAUCAAAACCGCGGCUUUAUCAGCUGUUAUCCAUCUCGUUUUACAAGCUAAUCUGCCCGAUAAUGCAUCGCGUACUUAUUGUUCCGCGGAAGAGAAAAUGAUUGGCGAAAUUAUCGUGAUAAAAAUACCACUCGUAGAUACUUAUCGACACUCGCCAAAAUAUUGUUUUAUAAGUUUGGAACAAUUCGCACGAUGACACGAUCGGUUGUUGAUCGGUCGAUUAGUAGCGAUACAAAUUCGGCGGCAAGUGGAGCGAAUAAAUCGAGAUGUCACGUGUCGGGUUUGCGGAUGUAAGUAAUUUCAAUGAUAUUAAAGUUGUAAAAAAAACACAGAAAUGCUUCGUAAGCGAAAAAUAAACAAGUCACGGUCUCGCGCCAGAUAUAUUUUCGGGCGCAAUUUUGAAAUCUUCUGUAUGAUAAAUAAAUCUGCGGUUGCACGCUGUAUAUGGCGCGAUAAAAAUUCGGAUUCGAGAGUUUCCUUAGAAAUGUGAUAUAGAUGUGACGGAGAUGUGACACUGCACCGACGCAGACCGAUGAUAAAUGAGAGCGAUCGAAAAUCGCGCGACACAUUUUCGCGACAUCAGAUGAAACAUUGCAGCUUAUGCGACAAUAAACAAUAGGACUUUGCCUUGUCGACGCUGGCUGGGCGAUGCUAAAAAUAAGGAUUUUGACUGCUGCCAAACUUCAACAAAUAUUCCCGCUGAGGUUUGAAGCAGACAUCUACGAGACGUUGCCGUUCAGUUUGCGUUUGUAUGCACAUACGCACAGAUGCAUCGGCAUCUAUUUGUUAAAAAUAAAUAAAGUUCUUCGAAACAGAUUCGUAAAAAGUUGCGCGUACCCGGAUUUGAUUCAAACGUAAAAAAAAAGAAGAAAAGGAUGUACAGUUGUGCGGUGGCGACUUUUGAAAUGUUUGAGUACUCGGGAAGUGUUGUGUACCUAAACGACUUAAAUGUCCCGUGAAUUGAACAUUUCGAGUUUUCCAUGCCGGCUGUGAUAUUGAACAAGGCGUACUUCGUUUGCAACGACGACUAUCUCAUGUAUGGUCGCUAUACGAGGGACCUGGGUGAAUACGCGAAAGAAGAGGCGCGUAGGCUUAAGUAUCACGAGAAAGCGAGACGGAAAUAUGAUAAGACGAGGGCCGAGGACCUACGUAAAUCCCGGCGCGGUCCGCUUUGCCGGAAGCUGCUGGCUCUGCUGGCCUUCGCCUGGAAGCACACUGGUGCACGGCUCGGCGAGGACUGGAUCUUUCUGGCACUUCUCGGCAUCAUUAUGGCGCUUAUCAGUUAUGCCAUGGAUCGCGGCAUCUCCAUGUGCAAUAACGCCAGGAUAUGGCUCUAUCAGGACCUUUCGACGCAUCCGGCGCUCAAGUAUUUGGCUUGGGUGUCUCUGCCCGUAUGUCUGAUUCUCUUUAGCGCCGGUUUCGUGCACAUCAUCGCGCCGCAAAGUAUAGGCUCCGGUAUUCCAGAGAUGAAGACCAUUCUGCGCGGUGUAGCGUUGAAGGAGUACUUGACCUUUCGCACCUUAAUCGCCAAGGUGAUCGGUCUGACGGCGACUUUGGGAUCGGGGCUGCCACUCGGCAAGGAGGGUCCAUUCGUGCACAUCGCCAGCAUCGUCGCGACGCUCCUCUCCAAACUGGUCACGAGCUUCCAGGGCAUUUACGAGAACGAGAGCAGGAACUGCGAGAUGCUGGCUGCAGCCUGCGCCGUCGGUGUCGCCUCCUGCUUCGCGGCACCGAUCGGCGGCGUCCUCUUCAGCAUCGAGGUCACCACGGUGUACUUCGCCGUCAGGAACUACUGGCGCGGCUUCUUUGCGGCGGUCUGCGGCGCCACGAUGUUCCGCCUGCUGGCGAUCUGGUUCCAGCGAGAGGAGACCAUCACGGCGAUGUUUGCCACGAGUUUCACCAUGGAUUUUCCCUUCGAUCCGCAGGAGCUCUUCGUCUUCGCCUUGAUCGGCGUUGGCAGCGGGCUGCUGGGUGCUUUCUAUGUUUGGCUGCAUAGACAGUACGUCAUCUUCAUGCGCAAAAACAAGAGCAUGAACAGCUUUCUGCAGAAGAAUCGCUUUCUCUAUCCGGGCAUUGUUUCGCUCAUGGUCUCGUCCGUGUCAUUUCCACUGGGACUCGGCCAAUUCAUGGCCGGCGAUCUAAACACGCACGAUCAGGUUCACGGUCUUUUCACUAAUUUCACUUGGACGAAGGAGCAUCUUGGCGCCGAGGAGAUGAAUAUUGUGAAGCACUGGUCGACGCCGUAUACUGACGUCUUCAGUGGGCUUCUCAGUUUCGUCUUAGUCACUUUUAUCUUUAGCAUCAUAAGUUCCACGGUGCCAGUGCCUUCCGGUAUUUUCAUACCCGUGUUCAAAAUUGGAGCUGCGCUGGGUAGAGCAGUCGGGGAAGCCAUGGCUCUCUGGUUCCCCAAUGGUGUGCGCUACGGUGGAGUAAUAACGCCUAUUAUACCAGGUGGAUACGCCACGGUGGGCGCGGCUGCAUUUUCGGGCGCGGUGACGCACACGAUAUCCGUCAGUGUCAUCAUCUUCGAGAUGACCGGACAGAUCACGCACAUUGUACCAAUAAUGAUAGCCGUACUAAUCAGCAACGCUAUCGCUGCGCUUCUGCAACCCAGCAUAUACGAUAGCAUUAUCCUUAUCAAGAAGUUGCCUUACUUGCCCGAUCUGUUGCCCUCCAGUUCAGGAAUGUAUAAUGUCUACGUGGAGGAUUUCAUGGUGCGCGAUGUGAAAUACAUAUGGCACGGUAUCAGCUACCAAAAGCUGAAAACCUUACUGAAGGAGAAUCGCAAGCUUCGCGGAUUUCCUCUGGUGGAAACCCCAGACUCCAUGAUUCUGCUUGGAUCGAUUCAGAGAUUAGAAUUAAUCAAGCUCAUUGAGAAGCACAUCGGUCGCGAAAGAAGAUUACAGGUCGCGCAGAAAUGGCACAAAGAGGCGGAGGAAAGGGCGCGCGAGGAAAUGGAACGGCAGCUGCGAGAACAGGAGAGAACGAGGAGGCCUUCGCGAUUCGAGGUCAUCCCGGCACCGGACAUUCUCAAAAUGCAGCGGCAGAGUGUUAACGAUCUAACGAUGUCACCAAACAACGGCGGUUCCGAUCAUCACACCUACCAUUCACCGGUGUUCGGCUCCCAACCGAAAAAGUCGAUUUUGAAAAAGACGAAUUCCUUCACUCUAAAGGGCUUCAGCCCGUUGGUCAGUCCGGCUGUGACACCCUAUACAACUGUCACAGGCGCGGAAAGCAGGAUACGUCUGGCAUUUGAGGCGAUCUUUCGCAAGUCUGCCACAUUGCAAGACGUGGAUCCCGAUCCGGAAUUGGGGGGAUCCGGCAGCGGCACCAGACGCGACAGUCAGGAAGUCAUGAACGUGCCGCCUCACACGCCCAUGCUGGCGCCCAGUCCGGCAACAUCGAAGAAAGUGCAAUUGCCUCGAGAAAGGGUGAUAGACAUGUCGGCCGAGGAUCAGAAACGAUGGGAGGAGAGCGAGAUGGCACUCGAGGUGGAUUUCUCGAGGUGUCACAUUGAUCCGGCUCCCUUCCAGCUGGUCGAGAGAACGUCCUUGCUUAAGGUUCACAGUCUCUUCAGCAUGGUCGGCGUGAACCACGCUUACGUAACGGCCAUCGGUAGACUAGUCGGCGUCGUCGGGUUAAAGGAGUUGAGGAAAGCUAUCGAAGACGCGAACGCCGGGAUUCUGCCGAUGCAUUCUGAGUCUCACAUCGGUGCGUCAAUCUCCAGUUUGGCGAGAAGUGAGACGGACACGGAGAGCAACAAGAAUAUCGCGAUCAAUUCCAUUGGAUCUGUGGAAAUCGAGAAAAUGGACAAAGUUUGAAGGAACCAAACCGAGACGAGCGAAAACUCAUAUUGUGAUAGCCACGUCGCCGUUGUCCUGUAACGCGGUGUGGCCUGAAUGCGAGAGCCGUGUUUUACUUGCUUCUUCCUCCUUCUGUCGUGAUUAUUUACGCGAUUAAGCGUCAAAAUCGUUAUACAAACUCAUGUAACUCUCAAACACUUCUCUCGUACUUAAGCCUAAGGUGAACAAAAUCCCGAAGAAAGACGCGAGCAUGCGAGAUAGUAUUAAGCAGCGUGACUCUUUUCUUGGAAUUUUCUAUUUUAACGGAAUAUCGAAUAAUGCGAUAUUAAAAUGAUGUGAUUGAUGGAAAUAUUGUUCGCGUUCGCGUACGUAGAUUAUUUGUAUUCGAAUAGAAUUUGUACAUAUUCGGAAGGUUUUUUGACGGACAAUUUAUGUGGAAGUGUUUUAUUGGGAACAUCACAAAGAGAAUAUAUAUCUUUCGUUUCGUAUAUCUAAUUAAAAUAAUGCGACGGUAUAUUUACAUAAUAAAACGCGCACAAAAUUAGGAUAAGGAUUAAGAUUUUCUAGAUAUUUAAAUCGUAAUCGAAAUUAAAUGAAUUACACUAAAUAUCGGAAUGAGUCGUAUUCAGACUGUGAAUUUUGAAUCUUAAUCGAAGAUUUGAGCUAUGAGUAUACGUUUAUGAAUGCGCUGUGAAUGGCAAGUCUAUUACUUUUGUUACAAGCGAUAAGGUAAAGUUUUUCCCGAACGCAAGUUUCAGUGAAGUGAUUUGAAAUGCCAAAAGCAACGAUAUUGAACUUUUCUACACAAAAUGCAUAAUUUAUAUUGCGAGCUGAUGAUUAUUCUCAUGUAUAAGAUUAUUCAGGAUUCCUAUGCCAAUGCUCCCUUAGCUAGUAAUUAUCUGACCAUGGUUGUGCCAGACUAUUAUUUAUUAAUACAAAUUGUUAAUUAUUGUUGCUUAAAUAUAUAAGAAUUUGUCACGUUGUAGAUCAGAUUUAGCGAGAAAAUACAGACCAAUCUUUUAUUCAUAUGAUAUUUAAUUUAGAAGCGAUCAAAAACUGUCUCGAAUAUCUAUUGAAUUUCUUCUAAGAUUAUAGAAGAUUUUUUCUAAGAUUGAAUUUCUUUUAAUUUAAACUCGCAUUUGUUUUUACAAAAUAUUAAUUUUGUAGAAAUUAUUCAACUUGAAUAAUAGUAAUUACCAAUCAAGGCACAUUCAAGAAUAAAUUUUACUUUUUGUUAGAAAUCCAAAAAGUUUAUCGUGAGAAUUGUAUAUCGAUAGUUGAAAACUAUCGCUUGAAAACAUGUCGCAUUUUGUGUAUCAGAAUGAAGAGUGUUUUCUCAUAAUUCACUGCUAGAUAAUUAAUUAGGUCAAGGAUGUAGAUCGCAGUUACUAUUCUAAUAAUUUCAUGAAAUAAUUGAGACGAUAUUAUCUCUGUCGAACUUUGUAUUACUAUUAUCGCUAUCGCAGCCCAGAGAAUAGCUGAGAAUUGUUUUAAUAUUUCACCGCACAACCGAAUUCCGAAAUGACAAUAUUUAACCGUUUGAGUGCUGAAAGCGAUUGUAAGAAUGCAUGCGAAAAAUGCCAAAUAGCGCAUUCGCGUUUCUUUUAUUCUCGUCAAAAAAUGCCAACAAGCGCUAUUGCACUUCUUUUUCUCACUAUUCAACUUAAUAUUUAAAGGUAGCUUUCAUGAAUUCUAUACUAUAGAUUUUUGUAAAGAUUAACUUAAUUUACUGCGGCGUUCGCUGGACUUUUGAUAUAUAAAACAGAAAAAACGCGAUGGCGCUUCUUGACAUUUGAACGGUUAAAGCACAUUUUACAUUCCACCGGAUCAAGUUCUUAUUCAUCAAAUUGUACAUUUAUUCUGCAUUAUUGCAUUAUUCGGAUUGUACGUGACAAUACUGUUCGCCAAUUGUAAAUACAGUACGCAUCGCGAAAAGACAUUAAAUAAUUUAUUAUAUUCA